ACAUCUGGCUGAGGAGUGAGUUAGACACUCUCCUCAUUCCCUCUCUCUUUCUUUUUCCCCAUUCUCUCCAUUCUUUCAUUCACUGGCAUCCCUGUCCUCAUCAUCCCCCCUCCUUCUACCCAUCUUUCACUUUCUCUUGUCUCUUUUCCCCUGUGGACUCAGGAGUUCAGGUGGUUACUCAAACAGACAGAAACAAGCCUGUGCCUCCGCUUGUUUCUCAGCCUUGUCUUACCGCUGCAAGCCCCCGUACUGCACCCUCUCCCUCUAUCCUCUUCCUCCUCCCCGGCGAGGUGUGUGAUGGUGUGUCCCCUCCUCUGUGUCCUGGAGACAUGCCUGUGCAGGAGAUGGCGGUGAGUCCUGUCAAGUCCCUGUACUGGGAGCAGUUCCCCCCCAUGUCACAGCGCCGCGUCUACUGCACCCCCGUCUACCACGAAGGCCUGCUCUACGUGCUGGGGGGCUGCAGCGAGACGGGCAUGCCCCUGGACAGCGUUGAGGUCCUGGAUGUAGAGAGCCAGACAUGGACUCAGCUCCCGCCGCUGCCCACUGCGCGGGCCGGGGCCUCGGCUGUAGCGCUGGGGGGCCAGGUCAUGGUGCUCGGGGGCAUGAACCAGCAGCAGACCCCGCUGGCCUCCGUGGAGAUGUACCACCCGGAUGAGGGCAAAUGGGAGACGAGGGCGAGCCUGGGUCAGCCAUCCAUGGGAGUCACCACUGUGGAGAAAGAUGGAAAGGUGUAUGCGUUGGGAGGUAUGGGAGCAGACACAACGCCACAGGCAUUGGUGAGGGUUUAUGAGGCAGAGAAGGACCAAUGGCAGCCGAUGACCUCCAUGCCCACGCCGCGGUACGGAGCCACGCCCUUCGUAAGAGGAAACAAAAUCUACAUGAUGGGUGGUCGUCAGGGAAAGAUGCCAGUGACGGCGCUGGAGGCUUUUGACCUGGAGAUGAAGAGCUGGACACGUUACCCCUGCAUCCCGAGCCGGAGGGCCUUUUCCUGCUGUGCCACAAAUGAUCGGAGCCUCUUCAGCCUGGGGGGCCUCCAGCAACCGGGGCCGCAUAACUUCUACUCCAGACCUCACUUUGUCAGUACCAUGGAGGAAUAUGAUCUGGAUCAAGGUAUCUGGAUCAAACCCAGCCGAACAUCCAGGAUGAGGGAGAAGAGGGCAGACUUUGUGGCAGGAUGCCUGGGAGGAAGGGUAAUCGCGGCUGGUGGUCUAGGUAAUGAGCCGUCGCCGCUGGGCACGGUGGAGAGCUACAACCCAGUGAAGCGGCGCUGGGAGUAUGUGGCGCCCAUGCCAACCGCACGCUGCUCCUCUGCCCUGCUGCAGAUGACCAGCAUGCUCUUUGUCAUCGGUGGAGUUGCCCAGGGACCCAGUGAUGCUGUGGAAGCCCUCUGCUUACCGGAAACAGUCUGACACAUGCACACAUGCAAAGACGCACGCAGGAGUGCACACCGGCAUUGAUAAUUAUUCAUGUAUGUGCAAAAACACAUGAAUUGGAUCCACAGAUCGCAUUUAGAUACUUUUCUACCUUUAUGUCCAAAUGAUGGAUUCCUCUUGUGCGCUGCGAUGAAGGAAACUGUUUUUGACAUUCAACAAGCAUUUUUAACUGCAGAGACAGUUUGUGACAGAGCUGGAUGAACACAAGAUGAAGGGCGUUCAAGCCGCCUGCUGUGACUGGCAAGGACAGAAAACUGAUAGCUUUUCUACGCUGGGCAAAUCAGAGGAAGGAGAAAAUGAGCAAAAAACAGACACACACACAUAGUGUCUGAAGAAACAACACGCCUUUGAACUGUUGAGCAUUUUUCAGAAUAAAAGCAGGGUACUUUUCUGGAUAUUAAAGGAAGAUAGGGCCAUAUCUGUAUCUUUUCUUUGCGGCAGCGUUGCUCUCCUCUGCUGCUGCGACAGCGAGCUCGGACACUUUUCUAUGACUUUAGAAACAACAGAUGAGUUUUAGACAGUGACGUUCUGGGAAUGUGAAUGUCUGUUUUGGUUAUUCUCUUUUUGUUGCAGUGUUUGUUGUUUAUGUGUGAGAGUUAGCACUGCUAGCAAGCGCUACCACAGUGUCAACAACAGUGGCCCUUAACAUGCGUUCACACCGCAAGCAACCCAAGAAACUGCAAAUCAGAGGCCCAUCCUUUUUCUACAACCAGUGACGUGCUGGCUGACGUCGACCACAGUCAUUGUGUUUCCUUUAUGUGUUGUGGCAGAAAAGCUGACUGUGGUCUAAGUUGUCAGCACCUCGCUUUGCUACAUAUUCAUCCACCUCUGCUACAUUAGCAUCACAGUAAUCAAUCCCAAUCAAUCACCAAGGCUCAAACUGUCCUUCAUACUGUAGCACAAGGAUGUAGUUGCUCGUGGAGUGAAUGCAGGGUUGCUCAUACCUGCUGCACUGAAGCAUCCCAACAGAUAAAUAAUAAUCUCAACGUCAGCCUCCUUACAUAUUACAUGUCCCCUGAGUUUUAUGAUGGAUAGUUGUACUUUGUGUUCUUUACCUCAAGUUGAUAUCGGUCAGAUGGUGGAUAAAACAGGAAGAGAAUCUUGUGGUGAUGAUACCUGGGCAACAUUUUGAGGCAAUUUUGUUACUCUACAUUUGUCCAACCCAAGUGUAGUAGGCUAUCAUGAGCAUAGUUUUGCAUAACCAGUCCUGAUCAUCUUUUGAGUAUAAAAAAGUCCAUACCUAUAGGCUUAAAAAGGACUGAAAGGUUUGUAGCUUGUUCAGGAAGGGAGCCGAGGUUAAGCAAAUCAUAUAAAAAUACCCAUAGAAACUUCUGAAAUCAUGCAGCAUAUUCCACUUCGUUACUAUUGGUCUGUAUGUUCAGUACGUCACUUUGUCAGUGAAUUGCUAAAUAUGCUAGUUUUUGUGCAGCUUCA